UCUAAUAUGUCUUUUACCUCCUCUAGUGAUAGUGCAAGGCGUAAUCAGUCCAUACUUGUGACUGACAGGAAGAUCCUCAGAAGGAUUGAGUUUUAAUAGAACAUAACUAUAUUAAUAUUAAAAUUUGCAAAUGCAAUGGAAGACGGCAAGACUGAAGAGGUGCUAGAUAUUCUUCGACUUAACGUGGGAGGUUGUGUGUACACAGCCAGACGCAAGUCUUUAUGCCGCUUUAAGGAUUCAAUGCUAGCAUCUAUGUUCAGUGGACGUUUUCCUCUAAAAAUAGAUGAGUCUGGGGCUUGCCUUAUUGAUCGAGAUGGAAACCUCUUUGAGUACCUUUUAGAUUAUCUUCAUGGAGAAGUUCGGAUUCCUAAAGAUGAACAAAUGCGAAUUGCAUUGCAGGAAGAGGCAGAUUACUUUGGCAUCCCUUAUCCUUACAGUCUGUCUGACCACUUAGCCAAUGAAAUUGAGACAUAUUCUUUAAGGUCAAAUAUAGAACUUAAAAAGGCUUUGAUAGACUUCUGUGAUUCUUACGGUUUAGCCUGCACCAAGCCUACCGUUUGGGUUCUGCACUAUCUCAACACAUCUGGAGCAAGCUGUGAGAGUAGGAUUAUAGGUGUGUUUGCCACAAAAGCUGAUGGGACUGACGUACUUGACAAGGAACUGGGAGGAAGAAUAAAUAAUAAAAAUAUGUACAAAAGAGAGGCUGGAAGUAAUGUCCAAUACAUCUGGAGUUAUUAUUCAGUGAGCGAACUGAAAAAGAUGAUGGAUGCUUUUGAUGUCUGGGAAGGAAAAGGAACUUCAGGUUUCAGCUAUUGGAGAAUGCCCCAGCUGAUAGAAUGUUGGACUCUUGAAGAACGCCCUUUGAGAGGAAGUCUCCAUCAUAUGUCUCCAGUUCGUAAAAGACGAUUAAUAGACUUUACUGAAGAGGAGGAAGAUGGUCAAAACUUUAAAGCUGGUCCUAAACCAAUUAGAUUUUCUGGUCCUUCAACAAGUACCCACAUCAAAGUCAAGAACUCUGCUUCAUUAAAGGUAGCUGCCUGUAACACUUCUUCACAUUCUGUGGUAACUCUUAAACGACCCAGCAGUGAUAGUUUGGUACAGCGCAAAGUAGUGCCAAAAACUGAACUUGCAACGUGCCCAUCAUUGCCUACAAGUUCUCAGGCAUCUUAUGGAACUGAAGGUACUGAAAAUGGGGCAGCAUAUCAAACUACAUUCAACAUCUCACUGUCUAAGAAACCCAUGACCACUCGUGUGGUAAAACUGAAGCGGACUCCAUUGUGUAUUGUGUCACCAUCUCAGUCAUCUUCCUCACUGAAUAAAACAGAUGAACAGGAAGUUCCUGCUGUUGAAAUUCCUACUACUUCUACAUCACUAAGAGAGAGAGAAUCCAAUAUAUCAACAGUGAGUAGUAAGAUCAAGAAUAAUGUGGAGAAUGACAAACUGGAUGAUAAUGUUUAACUCUUUAGCAGAGAUUUCCUGGCAUAAUCUGCUAAACGAAGAGUUUCUGACCUGGUGUCAAGGGACACAUCCUGGAUUAUAAAUUAUUACUAGAGCUGGUAAGAAAUUGUGGAGAAAAAUAGUAAAAAGUACAUGGGCAAAAGGUUUUGAAAUUUAUAGUAAGUUAUGAGUUUUCUCGCUUUACUUAUAAUUUUUUGGGGGAUGGGGCAGGAUGUGUGGAUUUUGAAAAACAUUUUUUGCGAUACAUGGUGACCAUCUCUCAGAUAUUUACUUAAAUCAAGUUGCCAUGAUGUUACUGUCUUUAAAAAUAGAAUAUGCACGCAUAUAAGCAAACCAAACCUAGCUAAUUUCAUUAUUGAUAAAGGUCAGGAUUUAAAAAAAAAUUGACACCAAGUUUAGGUUCCUAAAUUUAUAUUUUCAAAUUGGAAAAAAUAGGUCACAUUAAUUAAUAAUGGGGGAGAUCCAGUCUUAGAGCCCGACUCAGUCUUCUACUCUCCAGGUAUGUAAAAUACUGGACAUUGCAAAGGUAUCUGACUUAGCAAGAGUAAGGAACAGGGUUGCUGGCUUCAAAGUGCUUUUUGGGGAGAAUAUAGGAAAAGCAAUUUAACAGCAAUGAAAGGAGCCAUCCUCCCACCUGCCACAGAGGAGGGACUAGGAGUGUAAGGGGAAAGAGCCUAUCAUGGAAGCAACAGGGCAGGAUCUUUUCACAGAAUGAGACAUACAUGUAUUACAUUGCGAAGGGGGAGUGUUCUCCAGCGGGGCAUUGAAUGGGCGAGCUAGGAAUUCCUUAGGAAUUGGAUACAGCCUGGCAUUGAACCGUUAUGGUCCAUCCUGUCCUACAGUUGCAGAAAGGCUCUUAUGCCAGAGUCCACGCACAGCUGUGAUUGCUUUGUUCUCCCCCCGCUCCCUUCAUAUAUGCGGGACUCUGACAUAUGAGCAGGGACAAGCUCAGCCUCUUUCAAGCCCAGACAACAAAACAGCAGAGUUUGAAAAAUGGGUAAAGAACAAAAAUAUGGGCUGAAUACUGCUUUCAGUUGCACCAGUGUACAUUUGCAGGAACACCAAUGAAAUCAAUGGGUACUGCAGAUCUACACCUGUGUAGCAAAGCAGAAUUUGCACCAAUGUCUUGAAGAAGUGCCUUGAUUCUUCGUGGGUGUUUAGACCAGCAUUGCUUAAUGAGAUUUAUAUAGUGCAUAUCUUUGCUGGUCUUGCUUGACUAAAAAGAGUUUUAACAUUGCCAACCCCAACUGUUCAAAAAUCACAUGAUGGACUUAAAUCAUGAGACUUUUCAAGCUUUACUCUGAAACCAUGAGGGCUAGAAACUUAGCUUUUAUUAAUUUUUUUUAAAAGUGAGAUUCUCAUGUAAUAACAUGCCUCCCGUAGCUGAGGUGCUAAGAAAAACACCAAAUAUCAUGGAAGUUGGCAAAACUGCAGUUUUCUGGCCAUCAACUUACAUUUUGAAGGCUAGCUUGCAUCUUUAAUGGCCCAAGAUAGAAACUUUGAUUUUUUUUAAAUGAAAGUUUGAUUAUGUAGAAAAGAACAAACAUUAUGGAAAAAUGCUAACGUUGUGUAGUACCUUGUGUCCAUAGGCCUAGAGUCUGAAAUAUUUUUAGAAGAGAGUUUGAAUGAAAAACCAAUUUUUUGCAUACAUAUUCAAUUUUGUUUACUCCUUACUUCAUUGUUUUAUAAUGGUGCUGUUUGUAAUGUACUUUUUAUCUUUCUAAAAUAAGUUUCCUAAGACUGAAUAUUUCCUUCCUACCUGGUCUUCAGUGUUUGAUGAUUUUAAAAGAUUUAAAAACACACACUUUCAGAAAAAAUCUUGUGCAAUUUUCUGUGCUGGCAUCAGUUCACUAUUUACUCUAGGUAAUCUUCCUUGGCAGUAAAGUAAAGUAUUAUUAUUAUUAAAUACGCAUUACUGCCAAAUCCAUAACAUGACACUCAAUAGCCUGAACAGUCCAGCACAAGACCGAAAUAAAUGGCAGAAACUCCAUCUGAGGUUGCUGGAGAAGAAAUAAAUAAAUAAAUUCAUUACAAUAGCCUUUAGAGGCACUGGUCAGGUCCCCCAUUGUGCUAGACAUUGUAUGUACUUGUAGUAAAGACAGGCCCCGCACCAGAGUUUACAAUUUAAUUUUUUGACAAGAUUCAGCUGGUAGAUGAAACAGUCGAGCAGACUGCGGGUGGUGGGGAAAUAAAACAGGAUUUGUGUUUAAAGGGAUUGAUCAAAUUCCCUGUUGACAUAACUGGGAAGUUGGCUCAAGCCCAUCAUUAAUGGAGUGGGCACAAACAUGCUUUCUUUUAGUUGGAGACAUAAAUAUCUAUUCUGAUCCAUUUUUUAAAUCUGUAAAGCUAGAUAUUGCACCGUUUCACAUAACCAAUGUGUGUAUGAUUUUGUGCUUGGAUAGAAUUAUGUAUUCACUAGCUCCAACCUAUAACUAUCAAAAGAGAUUUUUAGGGAGGAGCAGCAAUUGCACUUAGCUCCUGCCUGUGAGCAUGCAGGUAACCUGAAACCAAAAGAAACUUGCCAGCUCAGUGAGCAGUUUGCAUGGCAUGGGACACACUUGGUGUUUUGGAGAGGAGGGAACAUUUGGCAGAAUCUUUGCAAGUUAAAGGUUUUUGUGCAGAUUUUUUACAUUCCCAUGGUUCCCCCCCUCCCUGUCCAAAAAUGCAGCAUGGGGCCUAAUGUCUUGAAAGUUUGCUACAUUAAAUUACAAUUGUCUAUUUCAGCAAAGGAUGUCCUGUAUGGCAUUGUAUAUCUGCACUCAAACUCUUACACAGCUACAGGUAACAUGAAAGAUUUGGGGAAGUUGUAUUAAAGAUGAGACUUGGUUCUUCAUUUGGGAUUUUACAUGGUCUGUCAAAUUGUGCGUAAUAACCAGGGUACUUUGAAAAAUGUACCAAGGUAAAUCUAUAAAAGAAACUGCAUUCAGAAGAUAACUUCAGUCUAGCAAUCCAUUGUGCUGACUACUAGCGUCCAAUGGCCAUUAUCUCAUGUAUAAAAUGUAUUGCCUGUUUAGUUUGAUGGAUUAAACAUUGCUGUCAUUUUCUUGUCACUCAGCCUUCUGUAUAAGCAGAAUUUUGUGUUUUCAAACAACCCAAUGUUUGGCAGUCCAAGUGUUAAGUAUGCAGAAGAGUACCACUCCAAGUUAAUGCCUAGAAAAUCAUUCACAUGUGACUGAGCAUGGGGCUGUGAGACAGAAGCCUGUUAUCACCAACAGUAGGUGUGAUUCAUACAGCUGUAAUUCAAUAAACUGCUUCAAAAUAUGGA